AUGCCUUACAGCCACAGCGCGCGGGACGCGCUUCUGAAAUGGGUCAAUAAUGGUUUCGCAAAUACCCAAACCGCCCAGAGCCUCGACGACCUUGCCGAUGGCGUGAUACUAGCCCAGGUGCUACAAGACAUCGAUCCCGACUUCGACCCUACUGAGCUUGAUCAGCAGCACACGUCCGCAACGCCAAAGUGGCUCAUCAAGAAGAAGACUCUGAUAGCUAUCCACAAGGCUCUUUUCAGGUUCAUCCACAGCAACUGCCCAGACCUCGAAUUUCUCUCCAGGCGGAGCGAUGUACAUACCCUGGAUGAACAGCCGACGAGCGAGGCGGUCGGAAAGCUUAUCGCCGCGAUGGUUGCUGUCGCAUUUCUUGGUCCGGAUCCCGGCAAGUACGUGAGCAGGCUCCAGGAGCCUGGCAGUUUCGACACACCGACGAUGAUUGAGAUCCAACAGAUAAUCAUGGCAAUCUCGGGCGAAAGGGAUAUGAUUAUAGAACAAAGGGCGGAUGGCAAGGAGUCGUUGGAGGAGGCCAUGGAGUCAAGGGACGCCGGGCUGGCUUUCGAGGCAGAACGCGCUCUUCUCCUCGGCCAACUCGACUCAGCAAAGAAGCAAGCCGCCGACACCAUAACCAGGUUAGAACAUUUGCAGGAGAGUUUUGACACGUUGCAGCACCAAGAGAUCAAAUUGCAACGGGAGUUGGACGUGCUCCGCAAGGCAACCCAGGAUGGAGCCUCGGACUCGCAUGUGAUCAAGAAUCUCCAGCACAAGAUCAAGGAACAGGAGGAAUUGAUAACCACGCAGGAGGCCCAGGCCGAAGACGACCGCCUCGCGAGGACCAGACUUCAGAGCCAGGUAACCACACUAACGCAGAAGACGGAACGGGGAGAACAGCUUGAGGACGAGCUCAGGGAACUAAGACAUAGAAAUGACGAGCUCUCGAGGAAGGCCAACGCGGCUGAAAGGUUCAGGCAGAAGCUCGAGCAGCAGCAGAAUCUAGCCACCGAAGUGCAAAAUCUCCGGUUUGAAAAGGACCAACUGCUAAAGAAGACACAGGAGUAUGACAAGGUGGCCGAGGAAUCCAUCUUCAUCCUCGGAACCAAGAAGAAGGCGCUCGAGGAGUCAAAUCUGGAUCUACUAGACCAGAUCACGCGCCUGACCGAGAUGCGGUCGAACGACGAACGCUUCAUCGCCGAGCUUCAGGAACAGGCCGGUCUAACCCCGACCGCCUCCGAGCACGCCAGCGCCAGUGCCGUCUCGCUCGAAGAGGAGCUUGAAGGUACCGCGCCGCCGCAGGGCGCCCUCGCCCUGGAGCUGAACAGGCUGAAGGCGGAAAACGCGCUGCUCAAGCGAGGCGAGCUCAGAAACAAGUACGCCGAGAUUGUCGAACGCCAUUCGGUUUCACAGGACCAACUAUCGGCACUCGUCAACGGCGCCGCGGGCGAAGGGUCAGUCAAAUGCUUGGAUGAGAUGUUGUCCCGGCUCUCGCACCACUUGCUAAACGAAGACUUUUACAGGACUCGCGCCUUCAACGAAUUGCGCACUCAACUGCACCAGGCUACCGCCGACUUGAAACGUGAGACGCAACGCGGUGCUGACUUACAGGCCCAGGUCUCCGAUCAGGAGCGCGAGCUACUCACCGCUAGGACAGAGCUGUCGGCCGUGUCGAAAGACGGCACCGAGGCUCUCGAGGAGCUCAAGUCCACCGACACGCUCGUCUCGGCGUCUCUGCGAGAGGAACUCGACGCUCUCCGCGCGCGCGUCAAGGCCCUCGACAGCGACAACGAGCUGCAAAAAUCGCAGCUUCUCGACGCCUAUCUCGCCAAGGACCGGCUGCAAAAGGAGAACGUGGAGCUCAAGACAGGUCAAGUUCCCUCCGACGCUAAGAAUAUUAGUGAUGAUGUCAUUGCAGAGGAGGUCAGCAAGUCGACGGAGAAGAUUGAGAAGCUUCGCGAGAGACUGAGGCAGAGACAAGAUGCUGCUGCCGAGCAAACCAUCAAGAAUCUCCAGCGCGAGAACGCCCUCAUUACCUCGGCGUGGUACGACCUCUCAAGCCGGCUCCAGAGCAAUCACGUUGUCCUGCAGAGGAGAAACGACGCGCCGCGGAGCUGGCUCAACAAGCAACGACAACUCGUCAAUGGUUAG